AGACUAGAGUCAGUGGGUAGUGGAGAUGAAGGUGAAGGUGUAGCAUUUUUAACUUAACCGCCUUUGUAUUAUUGUGUCUUUAGCAGUUUAGCCCCAUCCCACCGCAACUGGAGGCGGUGCAUGGUAGCCAAUUGUGACGUUUGAUUUUCAUGAUAACUUAGCAUACUGUUUAUGCUCCCCAUUCUUUCAAAUUUCAUUUCCAAUUUCGUAUUUAAAAUAGAAACACACUCUUCUCUCUUCUCUUCCCAAUUUCUCCUCUGCAAUUCUCAUUGCCGACACCAAAACCCUACGUUUUCGUCAAGCGGUGGAUCAAUUUCUCUGUCCCUCGCCAAUUAAGGAUCGCUUUCUACAAGUGUUCGUUGUGAGAGAUGGAGGAUGGUGAGCAACCUACCGAUAACUCUCACGGCAUUGCUGAUAUGGAUGUUGUUGACAUCUCUUUGCAAAGUCAACGGGUGUCAUCUUCCCCUAAUCACAAUUCCCCUGCUCAGCUGCAACAGGAUCAAGUGAUGGCGGAGCAGGGUGAUGUUAACAAGAACGGUGAUUCUGAUCCUAGUCAUGUGCUAGAAACCAGUGUAAUUAGUGAGAGUCAGUUUGAACUUGAAGAUGCUAAGACCGUUUCACAUCAGGAACUGGUCACUCCAAAGCCUAAAGAAAAGAAUGUAAGAGAAAUGAAGAAUGUGCUAAAUGAUACUGAGAUGAUUGAAUAUGAUGAGUAUGGCACGCCUCUAGACCGAGAAACAUUUAUGAAGGAGCUUGAGAAUUUCUACAGAGAGCGGUCCUUGGAAUUUAAGCCUCCUAAGUUUUAUGGAGAGCCACUAAAUUGCCUCAAAUUGUGGAGAGCUGUUAUCAGACUAGGUGGUUAUGAUGUGGUAACUGGAUCCAAGUUGUGGCGGCAAGUAGGAGAGUCUUUCCACCCCCCUAAGACUUGUACUACGGUCUCAUGGACAUUUAGAAUCUUUUAUGAGAAGGCACUUUUAGAGUAUGAAAAACAUAAGAGAGAGAUUGGGGAGCUACAGCUCCCUGUUGGAUCAUUUCAUCAAUCUCCAAAUGUGGAAAAAGAGACUGCUGUUUACCAGACUUCUGGCUCAGGUAGGGCACGAAGGGAUGCGGCAGCACGUGCAAUGCAAGGUUGGCAUGCUCAGCGACUUCUUGGAUACGGUGAGGUUGCUGAGCCAGUUAUUAAGGACAAGAACUUCAGUUCCACACCAAAGCGUGAAAAGAACCUAAAAAGUAUUGGUAUGAUUAAUAAACAGAGGAUGUCGUCUAGUCUGGAGCAUGCUGAGAAAGCUGCAAAUAUCGAAGGAGAUCGACAACUGGUCACAGCAGUAGUGGACAUUGGACCCCCUGCUGACUGGGUGAAGAUCAAUGUGCGGGAAACUAAGGAUUGUUUUGAGGUGUAUGCACUAGUUCCUGGGCUCCUUCGUGAGGAAGUGCGAGUCCAAUCAGAUCCAGUUGGACGUCUUGUUAUAACUGGUCUGCCAGAACACGUUGACAAUCCAUGGGGAAUUACCCCCUUCAAAAAGGUUGUGAACUUACCUGCAAGAAUUGAUCCGCUUCAGACAUCUGCUGUUGUUAGUUUGCAUGGUCGACUAUUUGUACGCGUUCCUUUUGAGCAGGGAGCUGUGUGAAUGUUCCUCGUAUAUCAAAUCUCCCUUUAAGGGGUUAAAAUUAAACUUUCAGGGCGUGGGUAUGUUUGGUAGUAUAGUCUUUGCCCUGUUGGAUUAGUCAAACUACCACAAACUUUACCAUUUUUUUAGGUGAAAAAUGCCUAAUUUCACUAAUACAAUCAAAUGCCUUUUUAUCCAUAUACGAAAAAAAUGGACUUUUUACCCUUUUA